UACGUCACAUGUUUUCCUCCCUCACGCGGCGGCAGUGCAUCUCAGGGUAGACUACCGCAGCGGAGACCGGGAACAUGGCAGACGAGGAGGACUCGGCGCCGGAGCCCGCCGCCCUCUCCCCGCCGGAGAGCCCUCGCACUGGGCGGCCUCCCUCUGUGUCUUUCUCCGAGAGCGUCCAGCCGGCCGUCGGGAUGGUGAGCCAGCUGCUAACCCAGCCCUCCUCCCUCAAAUUUGAUAAAAACAUCAAACAGGCCUUCUACAAUACGGGGGCGAUGAUCUUUGUGGCAAUCUGCUGCGGGGCAGCUGUCCUGGUCUACUUCAUCCUGGAGGCCUUCCUCCGCCCGCUGCUCUGGGCAGUGCUCUGCGGGACAUUCCUCCACCCCUUCAAAUACUCCCUGGCCCGGGUGGGCCGCUCGUGGCUAAGCGGCCUGCAGCACACGGGGACGCCCAUCGUGUUGGGCACCCUGCUAGUCCCGGUGUGGUGUGUGAACUACGGGGUGGAGGCGAUGGGCAGGCUAGUGCUGGAGAGGCUCACGGUGCUGCUGGUGAUUGGGGCCGGGGCUCCGCUGGUUUACUUCCUCUACCUUUUCUGGAGCGUCAUCGGCAUGCAGGUGAUCCUCGGGCACGUCUGUGGGAUCAUCGGGGCUGCGCUUGACUGUUUCCACGCUCUGUGGGUGUGCACGGUGGUGUUUGGCUACUUGUUGGUGGUUUGUUUCAAGUGGAGUCCCCAAACUGAGCGCUACCUGAAGGCCCUGGCCCUUCCUGUCUGGGCCGUCCUGCUCUUCUACAUUGUGUCUCUGACCGGCUCAUGGAGAGUCCCCAUAUUUGUGGUUGUGGUUACACUCCUCAUCGUGGGCUCCCAAGAGAAACCACCUGUCCCUGGCAGAGGAGAGCUGUCAGGGCAGGUGUUGUCUUUCGCUGCUAAUACUAUUUACAUGGCAAUCUCCUGUAGCAACCUUCAGCUGAAAACUGAGGCCAGUGAAAAAUCUACUACAGAUGGUGGGCAGUCUGUGGGCUGCCCUCCUGCCACCCCUGGGUUCCCUCAGGGCUCUCGUUCACUACCAGCCGGCCUCUUCCAGAAAGAGAAAAGCUCCCACAGAGCCAGUGAUAUCUACUUUAUACUACUGGUGUGGGCCAUAGUUCUGGUUCAGGUCUGGCUCAACCUCUGGAUCCUUCAACUGCUGCCUAUCCCUGUGGCUGUGUGGGUGCUGAAGAAGCUGGUGGUCCACUUUGGCCUGAAGAGCUUUGCAGAGCGGACUCUUACCUCGUGGUGGAUGGUGCUAGAGAAGUUUGGACGUGAGCGAGAGGAGGCCCUGCUGCCUGGACCAAUCAGAGGCCUGGCUCAGUUCCUGCUUCGUAUCGACACCAAGAUGAUCGUUUGGUUGGAGCGAUCUCUGGAUAAAAUCAUCAGCAUCUUCAUCAUCUUCCUCCUGGUCACAGGGACCCUGCUCAUGGCUCUGCUGCUGACAGCUAUGGUUCAUCAUGAGAGUGUUCACAUCAUCGAGGUAACCAGUAACCUCAUCAACGAGACUGUGUCUAACCAUCCAGAAUGGGCCAAUUGGCUUCCAGAGGCUCGCGUGGUCCAAAAGGCUCUGAAUUCAGCCGCUACUAAUGUUUAUCAACAUGGGAGAGAAUGGAUAACACAGAAGCUUCAUAAGAUGUUAGGAGACAAGGUGAACCACACAGCAGUGAUUGAGAAACAAGUUUUGGAGCUUUGGGACCGACUGUACCACUCCUGGUUUGUGAAGAAUGUGACCCACUCCGGACGCCACCGUGGUCAGAAGAUAAUGGUUCAGAGACAGAACAGCUGGUUAGUAGACAUCCUGGACUGGAAGGAUAUCGCCUCGUUUCUGCAGGAAAAUAUUGAGACUCUGCUGUCUAUCCUGGAGUCUCUGUGGGUAGUAAUGAGUAGGAAUGUUGGCCUCCUCAUCUCCACCACAACCACCCUCUUCACUGUCUUGUUCCACAGCGGCACGGCUCUGCUCAACUUCGCUCUGAGUCUGGUGAUUUUCUUGACCACUCUUUUCUACCUGCUGAGCUCCAGUGGUGAAUAUUACAAACCUGUCAAAUGGGUGAUCAGCCUGACCCCUCUCUCACAGCCCGGACCUUCCUCCAAUAUCAUAGGCCAGUCUGUAGAAGAGGCCAUCAGAGGAGUGUUUGACGCCUCUCUGAAAAUGGCCGGCUUCUACGGCCUGUACACUUGGCUCACUCACACCAUCUUUGGCAUCAACAUUGUCUUCAUUCCUUCUGCUCUGGCUGCCAUUCUGGGUGCUGUGCCGUUCCUGGGGACCUACUGGGCAGCGGUGCCAGCAGUGUGUGACUUGUGGUUGGCGCAGGGCGAAGGCGUCAAGGCUGUGCUGCUGCUGAUCUGCCAUCUGCUUCCGACAUAUUUUGUAGAUACAGCCAUCUACUCUGAUAUUUCUGGGGGUGGACACCCGUACCUAACAGGUCUGGCAGUGGCAGGUGGAGCGUACUAUCUGGGACUGGAAGGCGCCAUCAUCGGGCCCAUUCUCCUCUGCAUCCUGGUGGUGGCAGCCAACAUCUACAGUGCCAUGUUAAUGAGCCCCAGUUCUGCAGUGCCCACACCGGUGCAGUCGACCUGGCCUCUCCACCCCAUCAGGACCUUCACGGACUCCAGCCCCUCGGUCUUGAAGAAAACCAGUGAGUGAGAGCGCGAGAGCGUGUCCCUGUGGAAACGUCAUCCGGCUACCUAUUGGCUGAUUCCUCAGGGGAAGUGCUCUCUUCUCUGAAGCUCCUCCCUACGGCGUCCGGCUCUACAGGAGUCAGCCCCGACCAAGAAGAGAUGGCGGUGUAAUGACUGAUCACCCAUGAUGCCAUCUGCUUACCAGAGCUGUUUCUCUGAGCGAUAUGGGACCAACUGCUCUCAUUCAAGACCCUUAACUCACAAGUGUGAGCCUACAUCCAGAUCCCAAACACUGACCGACGACAUCACAGUGGUCUUUAUGAUUAUGAACGGUGGAGACAUUGUUGCUAAUCACAUUAUCUUUCAGAACUCAGUGCCUACAUUGAUUUUGUAAUAUUGAGAAAUGCCUAAAAUUAUCCUGUGGUUUGUGAAUCGUAAGAUGAUGUAUUUUAUCUUCAAGGCCCCUGAAAACCACCCCGCACACCCUGGCUGUGUUUAAACCACGGAAUGUGGUCACGCAGUAUUUCUACUCCCUACCUCUCUCCUUAUGGAGUUUGUAGUUAAGGCCGGCUUUGAACACUUCUCCCCACAGAAGUCCCCACGCCAGGCUCAAGAGAACAAGUUAUUGACCGUUCUUAGUUUAACUUAAAGUGUCAUUCAUGUUUCAGUGGUGUUAGCUUUGAGUCUGCAACACUAGAUCUCUGCUUUAGCAAAGACAUACACUCCUGCUCUCCUGGACCAGGCUUUGUUAGUACUGUUUUUUUAGUAUCAGUACAGUUGAAUGUUCGCAAAUGUUCUUGCUUAUUUUUUUUUAAUGGCCACAGUUUUAGACUGACAAUGAUUUCUUUAGUGGAUCAGAUUAGACGACCUGCAUCCAGGGAAUCAGGCUUGAGUCCGAGACACACAGGAUUGCUGAGGGAUUCAGUUUUUUUGUUUUUUUUUUUUUUAAUUCAUGUCAAAGUUAAGUUUUUUUUUUUUUUCACACUGUGAGGGCAAAUACACGCAACCAAGCUUUUCAUUUUUUAACACACUUAGCCGAUCUGUCAGUAUUGAAGGAUGUUUACAGAGGAUGUUGACAUUGACAAAUGUGACUGAGUAUUUUUGUGAGCACUUUUCAACUUUUGGUAUGGCUGUGAUUUCAUCUGUAGUUUAGAUCUCACACACCUCACAUCCCUUACAAAUGUCUGAUAUAUAUAAUUUCUACUCACCUCCUCCACUCUUGCACUUGUCCACCCCAUAUUUUAAGUACAGUCAGAGCACUUUUCUGAAAGGACAGUAUGAAGUAGUUUACAUCACGUGAAGCUUUAAUAAAUGGGCUGUACAGAUUAAUCGUGUAUGUAAUGCGACACAUUGAUUAUUGACGGCUACUGUGUUGGCUACUGUGUUAGCUACUGGAGGGGGGGGGGGUGAUGUGGUCUGGGUUGGAACAAGCAUGUGAUUUAGCAACGGUUUCACUGUUUGACUAAAAUACUAUACUUUUAUUUGAUGCUGUUGCUGUUUUUGUGUGUGCUUUUUUUAAUAACUGGAUAUGC